GCUUUCGUGUUGGUGACGUCUUCUCUUCUCGCGAUCUGUAGACACAGAGCGGCGACAGACGCGCCUGCAACGUGGCCGCCGCUUGGGUGUCGCAUCCCCAAUCCCAAUUCUCCUCCUCAGCACCGCCCUUGGUCUAGGCUUUUCGAGUUUUUAAUUUAUCCUUCUACAUUCAUCCAAAUCGUUCAUCAUGGUGCGCACGUUGCCGAAAAGGAACAACCCGCUCAUCCUCACCGAUGAAGCUCCUGCUUAUGAAGAACUUCUCGCGCGCCGUCGCUUGGGAAAGACAAACCUCGCGGUGAAGCCCACCCAGAUCGGGACCUCCAAUGCGACCAAACCAGAGAACCUCGGUCCUUUUGAAUACGCCCACUUGCGCGCCCCCUUGCCAAAGGACCUCAAAGGAUCUGAGAUCUUCCCUUCUCACGCUCCUCAGCAACACCCUGAGACGUAUUUCUUGAUGCGACGUAGCAGAGACGGAUAUGUUAGCGCCACUGGCAUGUUUAAGAUCGCCUUCCCUUGGGCUAAGCUUGACGAAGAACGAUCUGAGCGCGAGUACUUGAAAGCUCGCUCCGAAACCAGUGAGGACGAGAUUGCCGGCAACGUUUGGAUCUCUCCUAUUCUCGCCCUUGAGCUCGCCAAAGAGUACCAGAUGUACGACUGGGUGCGAGCCUUGCUUGACCCUACCGACAUUAUUCAAAGCCCUUCAUCUGCGAAGAAACAGAUCACGCCUCCUCCCAGAUUCGACCUGCCGCCUAUUGAGGCCCCGACCCUACUCACUUCUUCGUCGACCCGUCUCCGACGAGGACGGUCGGCCUCUCCUAGCAAGAGACCUAGUUCUCCCCGCAAACCCAGACAAACGAGAGCCAUGAAGGAGGCCAACGCUGCCGCCACCAGCGCAGCAAACGCUACCCUACAGUCCUCUCUCGACUUGACCGCCUCGACCGUGGAAAGCGAAUCAGUGAUCAGGGCCAUCCAGCCCAGUGUGGAGUUGGACAGCGACGAGAAGCCGGCUCCUUCCCCCAAGAAGGCUGCAGCGACGCCUAAACCUAAGAAAACCAGCCGUCUGGCCCGUACGGACGAUGUUGAAGAAGAGAGCAAGGAGGAAGAGAAGGAGCAGAACGUCAAGGUUGAUGUUGAGACCACCGCCAGCACCGUCGAAGAUGUCAAAACUACCCAGACUACUGUUUCCGUCGAGCUGCCCGUGACACUUCCGGAGGCACCCUCUGCAGCGGACACCGAGCAAAUGAUCGCCAAGGCCAAGGAAAUGGUGGAAGAAGCCGUCAAGCUCCAGGCCGAGACCGCGGAGCCAUCGUCAGCCAAGGCAGCCCUGAAACGCAAGACUGAUGUGCUUAGUGAUGAUGAAGACGAAGAGGAUGAGGAAGCCCGUACUCUCCGGACGAAGCGUGCCAAGGUUCUGGAAGAGAAGCUCAAGCAGGAACGUGUGCGGAAUCGUGCUCUUGUUGGCGUUACAGCUGCCUUCGCUCUUGCCGCCUCGAUUCCUUACUUCUUCAUCUAAAGAAUUUAAUAAAUUUCGCACUUAUGAGUGGAGCCCAAGACGCAUGAACAUAGGUGUCACAGCCUCUAUUACCCCUUCCAACCGACUGUCAUGGUAUCAGGCGACCUUUCUCAUGCAUGGACAGCGAGAAACCGUCUCUUUUCAUGGCCACUUUGCUACCCUCCAUCAAAUCCGAGUGCAGGCUUUGGCCAAUUAACCCCCUUGCGCAUCACGAUUUCCCCCCAACAGCCA